AUGAUUCUACUAUUUAUGAUAAUUUUAUUAUCGAUUCCUGUUCGAAUUGUUGGAAGUAAUAAAGAAACUAUAAUUGAAAGUCCAUUUUAUCUUCGUGCUCGUAUUCAUGAUUCGCGUACGGUCAAUGUUCAAUUUGAAAUAGCACAUGACGGCGACCAACGCGGAUGUCAAAUGUAUAAAUUUACGGUUCGACAUAAAGAUAAAAAUCCUUAUUCAAUGCCGCAGCAAAAUUUAACAUUUUGGAGGAAUUCACUUGAAUUAAAACAAUUAACGUUUGGUAAUUAUCGCAUAUGUGCUAUUAUAUGUUCAGAAUAUUUAAAAGCAAACAAUUCAUAUGAUAAAAUAGUGAAGAAAAAACAUUUGUCAAAACCGAUCACAGCCUGUGUCACUAUUCGUGUGUAUCGUUCGCAUUUUCUUAUUCUGACACUUUAUAUAUUGGUUUUUAUUAUUCUUGUUUUAUCACAAAUCGAUUUUUCAUUACGUAAACGAAAACUUCUUCGAGCACAAAUCGAUCAAAGCUUCAUUGACUUAAAACAAAUUUUACGUUAA